AUGCGGGUCCACAGAGUGCUUCUUUCAGUUUCGUCGAAGGGGGGGUUAGAAUUCUUGGACUUGAGUGACAAUGAUUUAUCCACGGAAAUACCCACUGAGAUUGGGAAUUUACCCAACAUCUCCACUUUGGCGUUGAGUAACAACCGGUUGACGGGUGGAAUCCCCUCGUCCAUGCAAAAACUAAGCAAGUUGGAAAAGCUUUACUUGCAGAACAACUUGCUAACCGGAGAAAUUCCAUCUUGGUUGUUCCAUUUCAAGGGCCUCCGGGAUUUGUAUCUUGGAGGAAACCGUCUAACUUGGAAUGACAGUGUGAAGAUAGCACCAAAUCCCAGGCCAUUUCGCUUGUCUCUGAAAUCUUGUGGUCUUGUUGGAGAGUUUCCAAAGUGGAUUUCUACCCAAACGGGUCUUGAUUUCCUGGAUUUGAGUAAGAACAAACUCCAAGGAGCACUUCCACAAUGGUUUCUUGAAAUGAGACUUAAAGGUUUAAUUCUAUCAGAUAAUGAAUUUACAGGCUCUCUUCCUCGUCCUUUCUUCUCGUCUUAUCUAUGCAUGCUUGCUCUCUCAAGGAACAAUUUCUCUGGGGAGUUGCCUAAAAACAUCAAAGAUGAUGCAAUCUUCCUAAGGAUUCUUACCUUGAGUGAGAACAACUUUUCCGGGCCUAUUCCUCAAUCCCUCAUCAAAGGUCCCUACCUACAAUUAUUGGAUCUAUCUAGAAAUAGAUUUUCUGGCCCAUUCCCAGUUUUCUACCCUGAAGUACAACUAGCUUAUAUUGAUUUCUCUUCCAACGAUUUCUCGGGAGAGGUUCCAACGACCUUUCCUAAAGAAACAAGAUUUCUUGCAUUGGGCGGAAACAAGUUUUCAGGGGGCUUACCUUUGAACUUGACCAACUUGAGCAAGCUUGAACGCCUUGAACUUCAGGACAACAAUCUUACAGGUGAGUUGCCAAACUUUCUCUCCCAAAUCUCCACUCUACAAGUUUUGAACCUCCGGAAUAACUCCUUUCAAGGUUUAAUCCCUGAAAGUAUUUUCAACCUCAGUAACCUCAGAAUUCUUGAUGUCUCAAGUAACAACCUCACCGGAGAAAUCCCCAAAGAGUCUCGUAACCUUGUUGGAAUGAUUGAAGCAUCAAAUUUGCCAUCGUCAAUCCUUGGGAAAAUCACUUUAACUUUUACUGAAAGAUGGUCGAGCCAAGAAGUGGAAGUCUCUCUGGAGUUCAGGGACUUGAUAGUGAAUUGGAAGAACUCAAAGCAAGGUAUCUCCAGCGACAACCUUAACAUCUACACCUUGUUAGACUUGUCAAAUAACCAACUCUCCGGCCAAAUUCCAGCCUCGUUGGGCGCUCUUAAGGCCUUGAAGCUACUCAACAUCUCUCACAACAAACUUUCCGGGAAGAUACCAACAAGUUUUGGUGAUUUAGAGAAUAUAGAGAGUUUGGACAUGUCCCACAACAAGCUCUCUGGUUCAAUUCCUCAAACCCUUACAAAGCUGCAACAACUCACCAUUCUAGACGUGAGUAACAAUCAGCUCACAGGUCGAAUCCCAGAUGGUGGGCAAAUGGGCACAAUGGUAUUGGAUCCAAACUACUAUGCCAACAACAGUGGAUUGUGUGGUAUGCAAAUUCAUGUGUCAUGUCCUGAAGAUGAGCCCCCACCACCGACAAAGCCACAGGAGCAUGAUCAGAAGGAGCCAUGGUUUUUAUGGGAAGGUGCAUGGAUUGGGUACCAGUUGGCUGCUUGUUAG